GUAACAUCCCCCUUUCCGAGGAAAAUGUGUUGCUCAGAACCAGUCUGAUCUGCUAUAAGUACGACCAGGGUUCACUGUGUUGCACCUGCAACGACUGGAAACACAAUGAAGUGCAUUUUGGCUUCUCUGAUUGCCCUUGCCAUUUUGGUGACAACAUGCAGCGCCGGAUGCUUUUCUCGGCUGCCGGGGGAAUCCCACGGUUGCUUUUAUAGAGGUGAGCUGCAUGACCGGGGGAGCAAAUUUAGAACAAAAGAUUGUAUGGACUGUACCUGUUCUAUGGAUGGCUCAAUGAGAUGUUGCCAAGCAUAUGGUACCCCAGUGAAGUAUGAUAAGGAAAAGUGUACGGCUGUUUUUAAUAGGAAUACCUGCCUUUAUAAUGUUGUGGAAAAGAAAAAUCCUUCAAGGGAAUGUGACAUUUUAGCUAUGGUUGGCUGAAAUGACCGUCUCCUGGAGCUAGAGCUUCAUUAAUUGAAUGUUAACAAAUAACUGAAAAUAAAGUCAUUAAAUUUA